CUAAUUUCGGUUGUCAGAUAUAAAUGUAAGAAAAGCUGAUUUAUUAAUUCUGGGUGGACAAACGUUUUUACGUUUGUAGGCGCACGAAGAAAGAGAAGCUCGAGGCACACAGAAAGAGGGAUCAUCCCCUUUUCGCGGAGGCAUGCGCGUUCGCGGUCGCACGAGGGUGUCGUGACCAGGGAGGGGUUCUAGCUUCGAUUCCAGUGACUCGGAAUAUACAUUUACGAAAGUGUGCCUCGUCCUGAGAUUCGAUAAUCGGCCAGUAACGCGCGACGAUCAAAUCGAAUCGUCGUUUAACGACGUAACCGACGAGCCCUCGUCGCGACGCCCUAAUUUACGCGUCGGUUGUGCAAAUAGCACAUCAGCUGCUCCCUUUAACAUGAACCGUCAUCGUUAACGUCAUUCACGCGACCAACGUACUGGAUGGAAUUAUGGAAACUUUUGACGUAAAUUACUUCGCACGCCGAUUACCAUUGAACGAACAAGUCAUCUGAGAGAAAAAACGAUCCAGCGACUCACACAGCCUGGAUUCUGCUGGAUCUGGCAAACAGGUGUUACUGACGGACGUCGUUUGUCUUGACGGAAAUCAGAUUGGUAAGUCAGACACUCUUAUUUAUCUGCGGAGGUUAAUGAAUUUUUCGCGCGACGAUAAAGAAGAAAGCUGCGGACGCGCAAAUCUUAUUUUGUUAAUCUUGUUUUAAUAAUUUUGUUAAACCAAUAACUCAUGCGCGUUAUUGGCAUUUAUAAUGAAAGGUUAAAACACUAUUUAUCGUAGUCAUGUGGGUAGUAAUUCUCGGAUCUAAAUAACUCGCGCAUUUCUACUACAUGAAAAGAGACGAUUUCUAAUUUGUUGAAAAUGCAAGCUAAGUGGAAAUGAAACGUCUUGCAAAUGUUAAUUCAAAUUUUUAUGUAAUCCUUAAAAAUUAAGAAAUUUUUAUGUCUCGCGUUUACUUGGAAUUUGCAACGCUUCAGUAAGAAUUUAACGAAUUCCGCUCGAAUAGAACCAAAAUUUCGAUCGUUUCCUCGAUACCGAGGUCAAACGGAGCUUUCGAGUAGCGUGUCUCUUUUCCCCGCAAUUCCGGGAUAUGCAAACGCGGUUGAAAUGAACGCGAUGUCGCGUGCUGAUCGUACGAGAUCUAAGAUCGGGGACACGCUACGAUCGGAGAGAUUAAAGCACUCGCGUACUUUCGCUAAAAGCUUAUUGCAGCAAUACCAAUAACUUUUUAUAACGAUUUUUGACGAAAUAUAGCCUUUUCUCUCUUCAUUUCGUACGAAGCUAUAAUUCAAAAUUAAAAAAUUUCUGCAAAAUUAAUUACUUAUUUAAUUUAAUACGUAUCUGUAUCAAAGUUGUAUCAAGAUUUUUAUGUUUUUGAAAUGUCGUUAAAUAAGAUAAAAGGGUAGUUUCAUACAAAACUUAAAAAUUUGCAUAUAUUUUAUUUAGCGAGACGUACGCCAAAACAUAAAAUUUCCAAUUUUAUACAUACACAUGUGCAAAAUUAAAACAAAAAAUUUUUACGCGUUUUUUUAGUUUUAGAGACCUAUGUGACGAUCGCCGCGCGAUAAAAGCCUAUAGCCUCCGUUUCAGUUUUUGAUUUCGCGUGUGAUUUACAUGCUCGGCGAGUACGGGUCAGUACUGGUCGGUGCAUCAGCGAGCGUUUUUUUUUUUGCACAAGUGACGAUGCUGAGUGCGAUGAGGUGUCUGCCGCGAUCUGCUCGGAUCCGCGCGAUCGUCGCGCUCGCACGAAGCCGAGCCCUCGGAGCGCAUUCGGAGCAGGACCGUUCUCUCUCUCUCUUUCUCUCUCUGUAUCUCUUUUCCUCACGUCCGUGAUACACGAGAGGCGGUGCGAGCAUUUAUUAAUAGAGAUUAGAGUCCGGCGUCGUGUGGUGCCGUGUGCAAACGCCCUCCCGCGAGACGCGGGACAUGCGGGAGAGCAGUCUGACUCAGGGCCCGUCGCGGAAAAUUAAUUCUCGCCGAUCGGGACUCUCAGUAGUGAAAGAAAGAAAAAAGUGAUCGAUCGCUCGGCGACAAAUCGGCCGACUGGACCGAACAAGGAGUGUUUCGAAAAUAAGAUCGUGCGCGAUAAGCGAGCCCUUUGUUGUUAUUGUUGUUGUUGUUGUGCAGUUUUUGCGCGAUUUUUAUCCCUCGAUAUUAUUCUCCUAUUUGGUACGACGAUUACUUCAUCCUUGGGGGGGAGUCUUCGCCUCGUAAACGACGAGAAGUGUCCCUGAAAUUCGAUGAGUGAUAAACAAUUUCCUUUAGAUUGCGCGACCGUCGAUUGACGCAGGGAAGGGAUCCUUCUUAGUACCACUAGAAAUUACUAAUUACCGAAGAGAAAUACGGUCGAAUGCAUCGAAACUCAUCGCGAGGUCGUUCAUCGUGUCUGUCGAUCGAUUAGUAUAACUGGAACUUCCCGUUCACGAAUAAUCUCUUCGCGAGUAAUCUCGCUCGAUCCUGCUAACAUCAGUUAGAUGCGAAAUUGCCAAUCUGCCAGACGGAAUUUACCCACACAUACACCCAGGUUGUUCCAGACCUAUGGAAUUUUCUCUUUAAACCUUUUUCGCGUUUCUUUUCAAAAUUAUAUAAAAGCAAAUUGACUAACGCAUCUAUUCGUCUCGUGGUUGUGAGAAUUUUCGACUUUUUUUAAAUCGCCAUAAAUAAAAUUUAACAAAUAUCUGAACAUGUAAUGCGCAAUUUCAUAUAAUUGACGCGUUACGCCGUAAUAUUCGUAUUCUCGUGUACGAAUUACGAAACUGUAAAAUUUCAGUCUGACAUUUAUUUAAGCCGCCGGUUCUUAAUUUGGCCACGAUAUAUUUGGGGGCGGAGGCGGACGGAAGUUUUGAAACGCAAGCUCUCUUUCUCGCUCUUUCUACAACCACCUACAGCUAUAGUUAACGAUCUUAAAUGGCGUGUCGCUGAGCUGCUGAGGAUAUUCCAGAAAAUUCUUUUUUCUUGAGGACAUCCGAUGUGAGGACCGUCCGCUCGGACCGGAGAAAAUCUGCCUCGCGGAAGAAGUCGAAGAAAGCAAAUCACGGAGAAUCUAGAAUUAAAAAUAAAUAAAUAAAUAAAAGGAAGAAGAUGCGCAUCUUGCGUCGUCGCACGUCGCCGCUCGUUGCGACGUGUUAAGAAAAAAGCGUAGGGUAUCCGUAUCUCAUUGCUGUUCUGCAUUGUUCGGUGUCGAUUGGUGACUCAACGUACGAUUGCGCGCGCGGACGGAAAACGCUAAUAUGGCAUAGCGGAGACGGCCGGGGGCGCAAAAUCGGACGAUACUCGUCGGCGAAUGAUGUUAGUGCUGCUGCUGUGCAUCGUCAUGAAGAUAGCAGAGAUCUCCGUGGGCCGGACGAGUCCCACGGCGCGGCCGCCGUCGCCGCUGCCGGCGCUGCCACCAUCCACUUGCUGCGACAGGCGGUGCGGCCGGUGCAGCAGGCGACACCAUAGGCACCGUCGCCAACCGUCCUACAACGAUAAUAAGUACAUCGCGCGAAAACUCGCAGGAGAAGGCGUAACAGUAAUGAUGGAGGAGCCACAGACUCCAGGUUCGGAUUGCAAUUCCAAUCCGGCGACGGAUUCCAUCCAGCCGGAUUUGGUCAGUUCGGAGUUUGUUCAGGACAACGUUGAGUAUCAAUGGUUCAUUGAUUAUGGAUACAGAGAUGGAGGUCUGCAUAUCCAUCCUAGUGUUCUCUCGUCACUUUCUGCCUCCUAUACUCCCAAGGAUCUGGGUUAUUAUGAUGAUCUUGCUCGCAAUUUGGAUGCUAAUCUGGCAGAGAUUGACAUGGAGAGCUUUCGCACGGCAGAUAUACAUACUCUCCUUACCGCGUUGCCUGUUAUGUGCACAGAACCAGUUCAGCAUUCCGAAUUUAACUAUCAAAGGGAACAGUAUGCCAGUAUAUCUGGAUCUGUCAUGGAAAAACUUGACAUCGGUUCCUCCAUCAGCCCUCAUACCAGUAGUCAGGGAGAAGAAUCUGCGUGUUCCACCGCUGAUACGAUAUCCAUAUGCAAAUCGUCAUUGUUAUUUUCUCCAGUAAAGGAGACCCCAAUGUUACCACCGGGUGGUAGUUACAGCGUAGAUUCGCUGGAUUGCGAAGAUAUGUUACUCACCUGUCAAACGAAUAACAAAAAUAAUUAUACCAUCGCCUUUGAGGGCAGUAUGACUAUGUACUCAGAUGGCUCUCAAGAUUUUGAAAAUCAUGAUAAACACAAGACGUAUGAAUCAACAGAUGUAUUUUAUGAUAAAUCGAAAGACAUGAAAGCUAUGCUGGAUCUGUCAAUGGCAUGUUCAGACUCGAAGAUAUAUACAACAUGGAGCAAUCUAAAACAUUCCUCUAUGAACAAAGUAAUAACUCGUCAUCCUUCCGGUAACAAUAACACUAUACCAGAUAUCUCGCAGAGUAGUGCUAAUCUGACACUCAAUAGGAUGAAUAAGCGGAGUCAAAGUUUACCGGAUCUGUCUCGCGUUCAUGAAUUCCAGCAUACUAAUAUACCUCUUAAUUUUAGUGUUGAUUCCGCUGAAUCAAGCAAUCAUAUGCAGCGUUUGCACUGCAGUUCUGGAUCUGCGAUGAGUCGUUCGACAAACGCGGACAGUUCGGAUAAUGGUGAAAAUACGAGUGCAAAGAAGUUGCAAAACUUAAGUCUCGUUCGACUGUUUAUGAAACAAAAAAGCAUGAGCGUAGAGGGAAUGAGUCUUACUUUGGAUCAGUCAGAUUCCGCUAGUGACAAUGGUGGAUGGCCCACCAGUAACAGCGGCAGCGACAGUGCAACUAACACAAAUACUCUGAUACAACGGCAAAACGGUCCGGAUAAUAUCUGUGAGCGUCGCGUACCCGAAAACGAUUUUUCUAUAAAUUGGAUCAAGCGCGACAUAAUCAAUAAUUGUGACGUGGAAAGUCAGAGAGACAGCUUGAAUGUUUUAAAAUGUACAAUACGGAACAAAGAUGAUAAAGUCGAAAUGACAUCAUCCGCGUCGGUAGAAGAACUUUCGGAGAGUAUGUCCAAGUCUGAUUGCACGAACGACCAGCGAAGCUUCGACAUUAACAGUACCUUUGAACAAAAAAACGGCUGGGCUGGUUUAAUAGAGAAGAAACAUCCGAUCUGUCGAACAACUGGUAUACAAGCGAACACAGAAAUGGAGGAUAACGCAGUUCAAACUUCCUUAAUUUUCACUGCGUUGAAAGAGAAACAUGGUCCUCUCUUUCAAGAAACAACAGUCAAUAAGAAGCCCGUGUACGUUGUGUAUCCUAAUUAUACAUUGCCUGACUUAUCGUUUCUCAAGAUUAGGGAUACGAACAUUGAUAAUAUCGCACUGAAACCGCACACAUUUGACAAAAACAAAAUGGAAUGGAAACGCACCGCUCGUUCCAGCCGACCGUUUUCAUGUAACGAUAUCGACGCUCUACGACAACGUGGAUUUGCGCAUAUAAAGGAUUGGGAGUCGCUGACGUUCCUCCUGCCAUACGAAUACAAAAAGAUCUUGCACGAUGUACCAGAAGUAUCGAGAUACAUCAAUAUUAAUGAGGAAGUCAAGCGACCCUUGUUCUGCUUGUCUCCACCGAUGCGUCAUAGGACACGACCGAUCAGCGAAAUUAUACCAAAUAAUACUUCGUCAACGAGUAGCACCGCGACGCAACCAUCUUCCGGGUACAGAGGCUCGUCGACGAUUUUAACUGACUCUUCGACGAAUCAGCAGCCAUUGUCGAAUAACGCGAUUAAUCCAUUGUAUUUAUAUCGCUAUGACAGUAUUAGCUCGGAGGCCAGUUUGUUGAAUAACGACAAGAAGAUGCACAGGCUGAAUCAAACGAGGCAAGCGUGUCCAUCUCUUCCUAAACGAUCUGUAUCAUUGCCGCAAAACGAAGGCGAAGUUGAUUUUAACAAUAGCAGAGUACCGCCACGACCGCCGUUACCGAGGAGUAUUUUGCGGAAGAACAAGGUUCUUGCAAGUAAACGAUACAGCAUGUUCGAGAUGGGAGAUGUAGGCGAACAAUCGGAAGAAUCUGUGGAAGUAAACAAGAGAAUGUCUUUGCAAGAGCCAUACUAUAUGAAUAAUGAUUUGCAGUUAUUAUGUCGCGAAAGAACGAUUGAUUCGGAGAAGGAUGUUGACGAGACGGAAGCGGAGAGAUAUUUUAAAGAAAAAUUGAACGAUAUUACGAAUAACGCGAAUACGGAGUCAGAAACUUCUCAACACAGCGAAGAUGACAUCAGGCAAUUAGAAGAGUAUUUGAAACGCAGUGCAAUCUCAUCGCAAAGCAGCGAUGGAGAUAUCGAUAAUGCUGAAGUUAAAGUGAGAUCAUACGUAAGGAAAUUUUUAGCUUUGAGAAUGAACAAGGAGCCACUCAUUAAAAAUAUUGACAUGGGAGAGUCGCAAAGAAAAACAGUCAGCUUUGCCGUUCACCAAAGAAAAAAACAUCUGGACGCUAAGCUAAAUAAUUUAAAUGUCGUCGUAAAUGAACAAAAUCACGAACAGGUGACUGAGGACAGAUUGAUGGAGUUAGAAGAGAAAAAAAAAAUGGUGUUGUCUGUAAAUAAAGCAGUGGAUCUUUUAUUGAAAUAUUGGAACGCCGAUUCCAAUCAUAGUCGUCCGAAUUAUAACGAAAGGAAUGAGUGUGCACAGAUUUGCUUGAGUAACUUGUGCCCAGCUUUAUACGCUAUUAUGUCAGAUGGUUUGAAACCUCAUUUGAAUUCAACUUUCGGACCAAUUACUAAUAGCGUUUGGCAAGUUGUCGAAGCAAGUUCUCAACAAGGACCUCUUACGAAGACGUUGAACGAAUUGGUGCAGAGAAUUAAUGGCGAAGAUGUUAUUACAGAAGGGAUGUUAAAAUUCCACGCAUUUGUAUUUGGUUUGUUAAAUUUAAGAGCUCUGGAUGCAUGGUUUGCGUAUUUAUGCACACGUGAAUCAAUUUUACGGAAACAUUACAGUAACAACAGCUUAUUCGUCGCAGCUUUGGCCAAUACCAAUGUCCGUGAAGUAGUUGAUUCAUUGUUAUACAUUCUGAAUCCGCUUGCAUUCUGUCCAUUUCAUUUGGAUCUUCUGUAUCAGUAUCGUCAAUUGCAAAACAGUUUUGGAAAUGUGAAUAAUCAUACCGUGAAUGUCAUGAGUUUUAGAAACGCCGAUUUGACUAUGAAAAAUAUCGAGGGUGAGGAAACAGAAUUUUCCGGGAUGGUUCCCAGUCCGAAAAAGACACGACCAAAGUCUUGUAUCGGUUACAACAUGGAUGAUAAAUGCAACAUUAUGCAUAAGGGUGAUCUUCAGAAGGCGAAGAAACGUUUCAGUGCCAUAAAUCCAAAGACUUUCUAUGCAUUGGACAAAUUGACUUCUGAGGAUUCCGAAGAUUAUACGGAUAGUCUGGAACAUUCCCCUUUAAAUAAGAAGGCAAGCAAGCAGCAACCGCAAUCUAAACUUUUCAAUACCGAUGCUAAACCGAAUGACGAUGACGGCGUCUCCGGCGAAACAAAGUUCAAAAAACUGCAAGAAAAAUGGGAAUUGAUGAUUGGUAAAGAAGUAGGCAGUAAAGCUCAACCCGCCGUGAUGACUCCUUCUUCGCCGGUACGGACAUUUGGAGCAUUAGGGAAGUCCAAGAUACCUAGACUACUCACAUCACCAGUGAAACAGUCCAAUACGACGAAUGUUGUUGGGAAAUCGUCAAAAUCACCUUUAUCCCCGGGAAUUUCUUCGUUAAAGAAACCCACGAAUCUCCUUACGACAAAAACAACUCUGAAGAAACCUACGGAUACGAAAGCAAGAGAUGUGACGCGCCGUACUAGUCGCGUCGAUCAGGAUACUUUAGGUGUGACGCGAACUCACACUGCACGCCCAAGUUCUUUACCAUACAAAUCGCACGGAGUAACGUUGAGUGACAAGAAUCUAGCCUCGCCUCACAGACGAGCCGUUUCGACCUCUCUACCGCGACCGACUGUUACUACUGUUUCGAAAACGCCAGUUUCGAAACAUUCACACAAAGAAGUCCGUACCCUCACUCACAGGGCACCGUCAGAUAGCGGUCACCUCUCAUUCGCAGAGGGGGAGAGACUGAAAGUAAUAUUGGAAGUGGAUAAUAAAUGGUUACUGUGCGCGAAAGGUGAUCGAAGAGGUUUGGUACCACGAGCGUGUGUACGCAGCAUUCAAACUUAGCCCCUCUUCUCGUCAACCCUUCGCAAUUGUAACCGUGGUUCGACGCCAACAGCAGUAAACGUAAUCUCAUCCUCGAAGAUGGCACAAAGAUGAGAGAUUUGCGAGGACGAGCUGAAAAGUUCAAAUUAUCUAAAUACCCCGGAGACGAUAUAAGUGAUGUACAGUGUAUUAAAAUUAUUUUUAAGUGGUACGAUGUAAUAUGCAUAUUAUCACGCGCUUGUAAAGUUACUUUUCAUCAAAGUUAACUCGAGAAUACUUCGUUUUUAUUGAAAUAUGUGACAGUAGUAUUAUCGCUAGCGGCGCCAUCGAAAACAGAGAUAUCACCUAGUCAUAGACUUUUUUUAGAUAACAUUAUAUUUAUUUAGAUUUAUUUAUUUUAGGACGAUGUACAAAUGCGAGGAUAUCGCGAUUCGACAUAUCCUCGAUAAGUAAAAAGCCGAAAACAGUGUGUACUAAUCUACACAUACUACGAAUGUGUGUGUAACUGUGAUCUUAGGAAAUAGGCAAUUAAGUUUAUUAAUGCAAACGUGCAGUGUACAUUUUAUUUUGACGUUUAUAUACUGAGACAGCUGCGUUUUAAAAUUUAUUUAUGUCCAUAUUUUUUGUGUAUCGACGAUUCUUCAUUCUAAUUUUAUUUAAGCCAUUCACAGCAUGCACUUUGCGAUGGCGGCACAUUUUUUACAUGCUUCAUGUAUUUCCUGAUGCAUAUGUAUAUAUAUAUAUAUAUUUAUAUAUUUAAACAUAUAUAUUUAUAUGUAUAUAUAUGUAUGUUAAGAUAUAUAAUAUAAUCAAAUAAAGUCUGUUGUGGAUUAUAUUUAGCAAUGUA